AUGAACCUUAUCCACUUUGUGGCUCCGAUGACUGCAAUGGGUGAUUCUGAGGACAAACGAUCCUUCCAGUUCUGGAUCGAGCAGGCUGCUCCUCUAUUCUCGUGCUACUUUGGUCAUUCAUUCUGGACUCAGCUACUUCCUCAAAUUGGCCUCGUACGACCGGCAGUCAAGCACAUGCUCCUUGUCACCUCUUCGGUAGUCGAGAACACUGCCUUGGAGGGGGCCCCUUUAGAUGAGAACCAAGUCUACCAGUCUCACUACACAAAGGCUAUCCAGGCCACCUGCUCUUCUCCCCAGGUGGAAAAUGUUCUGCUUGCCUGUCUUCUGUUCGCCUGCUGCGAUUUCAUGAGGGGCUCAUAUGAGAGUGGACUCCGCCACAUCCGUUCCGGCUUGAGCAUUAUCGACGAGUGGUAUCAUUCGAUCCAGAACUCUGACCUGAAGGCUUCUCCAUCGGCUCGCUUGAUCAUCAAUGCAAUCGGUCCUAUAUUUGUCUCGUAUGUCGACAAGUCUCCGACCUAUGGUUUCGGUGAUAUCACCGUGGACACUUGUGCUUGUGCAGGCUUUCUAGCUCCGAGUCUCGAAUUACCAUACAUUGCUCCAUUCAACCAUAUUCAUGGAGCUCAUCACGCUCUCGACGGUAUUGCUCAUUACGUAGCAAGGUUAAUGGACUGGCGCAAGAAGUCCUGGACACCUGCACCACCCCAAAAGAUACAAAUGCUCCUUGACACAUGGCGUAUUACCAUUGAUAGAUUUGAGGCCAACUUGACAAAGGCAAAAAAAGACGCCCAUGCCAUGAUACUUUCGUAUCUACGAGUCUACCAUACCAUGUUCGGAGUCAUGAUUCGGGCUUCGACCGGAAACUCUGAAGCCAUGUAUGAAAAAUUCGAUGAAGAAUUCAAAUGGAUUGUCGACCGCUACGACGACUUCGCAAACCUGUGGGCAGAGGAUGACACUCUUAAAUUUUCCUCCGGGACUUGGGCAAACCUCGACUAUCAUUUCGGCUUCAUUCCUCCACUCUUUUUCACUGCUACCAAGUGUCGGGACCCUAAAACAAGGAUGGCUGCGCUGAAUCACCUUGGCUCUCUUCGAGUCGAGGAACAGAAUUGGACUAGUUGCGCGGCCUAUGUGAUUGCGAAGAAAAUGAUCCAGAUCGAAACGAAUCUGUCAAUUAUCAACGACAGGACCGGCCUCAGAGAUGAACGCGACCUCAUCCGACCCAUUGAGGCCUACAUUACGGACAAGAGGAUGACCCAGGCCGGUCUCGACUAUGCAGUCCAUCCCUUUUUAAAGGAAGAAGAGCCCCUCACACAACAUGAGACUAUUGAUCUUUCAGAAUGUCUAGCUUUGUCUUCUUCAUCAGCCCGAUGGCCUCUGGCCAGAAUACUACGCAUUGGAGGCUACCAAGGAGGAGGUAUAAUCCCUACUCCGACCAAUUGCCACUGCCAUUUCCACUUCCAAUCCAGUGGCACAAUGCUCCUUUACAGACCCAGGACGUGA